AUGGCCGACGCUUUGCAAACUCUUUUCCGCAGUUCUCUGCCCGAAGAGAUCUCAGGACUACUGGCUGAACGCCUCUCAGAACUGGAAUCCGGAGAUUUUUUCGCCCUCCUACAAACAAAAGAUGCACAGGAACUUCUCGGACAUAGUCCAAACUCGGAACUGGAUGAAGUCAAGCUGGAAAACUGCGCGACAUGGAACGAAUAUAUCUCAAUUCGUUUGAGCAAGAUUCUCGCCAAGGAUGAUGAGAACGCAAAGUACAAGCAGAGUCUCUUCUUUAUCAUUGGAUAUGCCGCUUUGCUUGCCUUCCUACAGUCUAAUGCUACUGGCCCUCCGCUCCCCUUCACUCCUUCAAAGACCGUCUUACCGCAAGAUGUGGCUGAGGACAAGCAGCAAGUUACCGCUCUGCGCCGCCAACUGAUUGCAGGCCUCGCAAUCGAUGGUAUUGCAGCAUACAGAUUGACGCCCAACAUUGAACUUCUCUGCCUGGCAAAUGUCAUCAUCAGCAAUCCUGAUAUUCUUGAGAACAUUUCGGUCUCGCGAUGGGCUAGAUUGAGAGUAACCUUCAUGCAUCAAAGAUUAUUAUCGGAAGAAUGCGGAACGUUACAGGACAAGAUCUUUGCAGAUGUCGAUGCAGUUCAAGAGCAAUUCUUCGACGUCUCGCCGAAGGGCAAGUCGAGAGCCAGCAGCGAUAAUGCAAAGGUUGAGUUCUUGCUCGAACGCGCUAGUAUCGAGACUUUCUACGGCCUGGACAAGAAAGCUAGGAUUGAUCUGGACGAAGCGGCAGCUGAACAAGGCUUCCAAUUUGCUCUGACUGGUAUCUUGGGAAGGAGAACCAAGUUCCAGCAGCAUGAUGUUAGUCAGCUGGUCGUGCUUGCUAAAAGUGGAGGAAACGCCAACGACGUAAAGGCGACGGAGAUUCAGCAAGCAGAAGGCGCGACCAGCGGUCCUAAGCAUGUUGAUCUCAACGAUGACACACUCUUGGAGAACAUCUCCUUCACGGCGAAACCCACACUCAACCUGGACGUACAAACCAAGGAAGAUCUACCUCCCGUGUUGGCUGAAUUGGACCCUUCAAAUCAACCCAAGCUGUUGCCAAUGGACUCAAUCAUUUUGCUCGCUCUUGCAUCCUCUAUCACAAACACAUCUCCUGCCAAUGGUCUUACAAGAGAAGAGACUCUUCCAUAUGCUACCCGUGUGCUGGAAGGCGGUAGCUCGAACUGGCAGGUCUACACUCAGGGGUUGCUUGUUCGCAGCAGAAUGGAGGGCUACAGAUCUAGAACCAUCGAACGUGGUCUCUUACAACUGCAGGCAGUUGUCGAUCAAGUCAUUGCCGACACAACAGAGACCCCCGCAGAUGGCAAUGCAGAUGUGACAGCCACUAGCUUUUUGCGCAAGGGUGAGAGCGAGGACUCUGCUCCGGCUUCCGAAAGACUGCGUUACAUCUUCCAGAUUGCUGCGCCUACGCGAUGGGAGCUGGAGGGAGAGCUUGCUCAAAGAUGGGUCACCUUGGGAGGUUUGCGCUCGGCACUUGACAUUUACAUGCGCUUGGAGUUGUGGGCCGAAGCUGCUUUGUGCUACGCCGCUACAGAGAAGGAGGAGACGGCGAAGAAGUUGGUGCGUCGCCAGCUGUUCCAUGCCACCAACAAUGGUGAUGAAGAAAAUGCCGGCGACGAUGAGACCUGGGAAGGUCCUGAGAGACAGCCUCCGCCGGCUGAUGCUGCACGUCUGUACUGCAUUCUUGGUGACCUUGACCAAGAUGCUUCUAUGUACGAAAAGGCGUGGGAAGUCUCAGGCCAGCGCUACGCUCGUGCCCAGCGCUCGUUGGGUCGCAUGUACAUUGGUCAACGUGACAUGAUCAAGGCUGCUGAUGCAUACGCGAAAAGUCUGAAAGCCAACCAGCUCAACCAUGCUUCGUGGUUCGCUUUGGGCUGCUGUCUUUUGGAGCUCGCACAAUUUGAGAAGGCCGCUGAAGCGUUCUCCCGCACUGUCCAGCUCGAAGAGACAGACGCAGAAGCUUGGAGCAAUUUGGCUGCUGCCCUGCUCAAGAACCAGGUGCCCACCGCCAACGAUGAGCCCGCCGCGCCUGCGGUCGAGCUUGCCGAAGACGAGGACGAGUCCAUGGCUGCUCAACCCAAGAAGGUCGAUCGUCAACAAAACAAGAAAGACGCCCUGCGUGCUCUCAAGCGUGCUGCAACACUCAAACAUGACAGCCACCGUAUCUGGGAGAACCUUCUUAUCGUUGCUGCCUCUCUUUCGCCUCCAGACUACGACACCGUAUUGACAGCUCAACGUCACAUCAUCGACCUACGCUCCAAGACUAAUGGCGAAUCCUGCAUUGAUGUAGAGAUCAUGGAACACAUGAUUCGUCACGUCAUUGCUUUGAACGAUGAAUAUGACCCUACAAAGCCUGGUUUCGAGCGUCUGCUGGUUGAAAUGUUCGACAAGAAAGUUGUACCUCUUAUCACCUCCUCUCGCGAGUUGUGGCAGUUGUACGCCAAGCUCUGUCUUUGGCGCAAGAAGCCAGCUACCGCAUUGGAUGCCAACGAAAAAGCAUGGAGAGCAGUGACCAGUCAGCCUGGGUGGGAGACGGAGAGUGAAGCCCGCUGGAACGUUAUCGUCGAUGCAACGAUUGAACUGUGUGAUGCAUACGAGAGUCUUGGUCAGAUGGAAAAGACAGAAGGUAUGGCUGCUGGAAGUGGUGCAUUGGUUGCCAAAGAUUGGAAGUUCAAGGCCAGAAGUGCUAUCAGAUCCAUCAUGGGUAAAGGUAAGGAUUGUUGGGAAGAUACAGAUGGCUGGGAGAGACUGAAGGAGGCACUCGAUGGCUUGCGUGGUUAA